AUGCUAUCUUCUUGGUUUAUCGUUUACGCCUACCUGCUCGCCAUAGCAGCAGCAACAAGUGCCCCCAACUACAGCGGCUACAAGCGCGUCUGGCAGCAAGGCUUUGAGGGUAGAGCAAACACCUUCCCCAGCACAAGCACGUGGCACAUUAUCCAGCGUCAAAAGAACUUCAACAACGAAGUCCAAGCCUAUGUCAAGAGCACCAGCAACCUACGCAAGACAGGAAAGAACUCUCUUCAGUUGAUCCCUCGAAAGUCCAAUGGCAGAUGGACGUCUGCUCGUAUUGAGAGCAAGUACACUCUCACCCCCAAAGCUGGCAAGGUCACCAGAGUCGAGGCAAAGCUGAAACUUGGUGGCAACUCUGCUAGAAGCAAGCAAGGUAUCUGGCCUGCCUUUUGGCUCCUUGGUGAAUCGAUCCGCCGUGGCGUUGAGUGGCCUGCUUGUGGAGAGAUUGAUAUCCUCGAAAACAUCAACGGCGAGAAGAUUGGCUACGGUGCUGUCCAUUGUGAUAAGACACCUGGAGGAAUCUGCAACGAGCCUGGUGGUAUCGCGUCCAACAUUGAUCUGCCCGAUAGCAAUUUCCACGUGUGGCGUGUCCAGUUUGAUCGCCGCAGCAGCAACUACCGAUCCCAAACUAUUACCUGGUAUCGUGAUGGCAAGGUCUUUCAUCGCGUCACAGGUGCUCAGAUCGGGAACCUCAAUACUUGGAAAACACUUUGCCAAAGCCCCCUGUUUAUCAUUUUCAACGUCGCCGUUGGUGGAGACUGGCCUGGCUGGCCCAACAGCAACACCAAGGAUGGAAUUGGAAACCAUAUGGAGAUCGCCUACGUCGCUCACUACGUCUCAAAGUAG